CUUUGAUUGCAGAGGACUCUGGGAGCUACACCUGUGCUCUGAAGGCCAACAUGGAGACUGUCUCUGAGCCGUACAGCCUGCAGGUGGAGGCAGGUGAGCUGACAGGAUGCCUCGGUUCCAGGAGGUGGCAGCCGGCCAACCUUUGACCCCCGGAGGCGGUGGUCUGGUUGCUAAGCGAUACAGCAUCCUGCAGAAUCUGGGCCGAGGAAGUUUUGGUUCAGUUUUUCUGGUUCAGGAUGCCAAAGCUGCAGAUGGAGAGAAGCUGAAGGCGCUGAAGCAGAUUCCUCUGGGUGACCUUCGACCCGACGAGACGGUUAGAGCCACUCAGGAGGCCCAGCUGCUGUCUCAGCUGCACCACCCAGCGAUACUGACCUUCUACCACAGCUUCCUGGAGAGAGACGCCUUCUGCAUAAUCACAGAGUACUGCCAGGAUCGGGAUCUGGACUGUAAGAUAGGAGAGGUGAGACGAGCUGGGCGGAGCCUUCCUGAAAGCCAGGUCAUUGAUUGGCUCAUCCAGCUCCUGCUCGGCCUUCGCUACAUACAUGACAGGCGGAUCCUCCACCGAGAUCUGAAGGCCAAGAACAUCUUCCUGAAACGAAACCUCGUUAAAAUCGGUGACUUUGGUGUUUCCUGCCUGCUGAUGGGAUCAUGUGACCUGGCCACCACCUUCACAGGGACUCCGUACUACAUGAGCCCAGAGGUGCUGAGCCACCAGGGCUACGACUGCAAAUCUGACAUCUGGGCUCUGGGCUGCCUCCUCUACCAGAUGUGCUGCCUGACUCACGCCUUCCAGGGUCCAAACUUCCUGUCUGUGGUGAUGAAGAUCGUGGAGGGAGACACCCCAGCGCUGCCCGCCGCCUACUCUCCAGAUCUGAACUCUGUCAUGCGGAGCAUGCUGCAGAAACAACCAACAUCCAGACCGACGGCGGCUGAGAUCCUCAAGAGCACAUUCAUGGAGGAGAACAUGCAGAAAAUGAAGGACAGGUUUGUCUUCGUCUCGUCAGAGAGAGGAAAGAGCGAUGCUGCAGCCAUCGCUAAGCACAUGCAGACGAAGGUUCACCUGCAGACGCUCAGGGACAGGUCAGAGGUGGAGAAGAUGACCCCCAGAGAAAGGAUGAGACUCCGCAAACUGCAGGCUGCUGAUGAGAAGGCCAGGAGACUCAGGAAACUGGCUGAGGAGAAGUACGAGGAGGUCCACACCCGCAGGAGGGAACUGAGGAGCCGCCAUUUCGAAAACGUCAGCGUGGAUGUUCUGAAUGAGAGCAGAGAGGACGGAGCCUGCCAGGGUCAGGCUCAGCCAAUCAGCAGCCAGAAUCGCCUGAACGCUGGAGGGUCACCGCCGAAACCGAAGCAGGACGAGUCAGAACCAGAACUGCACGAUAUCCCUGAGGAUCCUCGGGCUGCAGAAGUUUAUUACAACCAGGACAGGUUCGACUCGUGCUCAGAGGACGACGAGCCCGCGUCACCUGCAGAGACUCUGUACCUGUCUGACCCACAGGUCAGUGAGCUUGAGGCCCUGAUGAAGCACAUGCAGGAAGUUCUGGAUGAGGAGCUGAGUGGAGACCCAGCAGGGCCAGAGGCCCCUCAGAGCCCCGACCAUCAACCGCAGCCAGUCUGAGACUGAAAUCCAGCAGCGGAGACAGCGAGUCCUCCACCUCCUGUUAGUUAGAGGAUCUGAUCCAGAACUUUUUGUACUGGAGGACAAUAAUGAAGCACAGAUGUUACCACCUUCCUUUGAGCAAGGCAGCAGACUUUUUCCUGUUUUAGCUGAACUGAUUUAGGAUUUCUUAGGUUUUUUCUGGUUUGUCUCCAUGAAAAUAGUUUUUCAGAUUUUUACAUGAAGCACUCGAUGUGCACAUCAGACGCUGGGAUAAAUUAAAGAUGCAAAGUUUAGACUCGGGCAUCGCAGGUCCAAGGUUCAAGUCCUGAGGGUGUGGAUUUAUUCUACAACAGGGGAACUCCAGGCCUCGAGGGUCUCCUGCAGGUUUUAGAUCUCACCCUGGGCCAACACACCUGGAUCACAUGAUUAGUUCAUCACCAUGCCUCUGGAGAACUUCAAGACAUGUUGAGGAGGUCAUUUAGCCUUUAAAUCAGCUGUGCUGGAUCAAGGACACAUCUCAGGACUCGGGACACCCCUGCUCUAAAACGUAGUCUUUCCUUCUGAUUGUCCGAUCAGGAAAAAAGACGCCAUUGACCCUCGAGUCAGCCGCUCGACUCGACCUUUGAGUCGGUGCGGACUGUUGUUCUGUUGUAAACCAGAGCAAGAAGCACUUUUAUAAUACCAGCUGAGAUUAUGGUUAAUAUAUAUUUUAGGGGAAAACAGAUGAUAUUAGUUGUGAUGGAUGUGGGUGGUGGUGGUGUUUCCUUUAAAACAUAUUCGCUGCUGCAGAUUCAUGAAAUAAUAAAUGUGGACUCGUGAGGAAGAUUCUGCUGCUUGAUGAAAGCGCAACAAUAAUCACUUGACUUAAUCUAGCAAAAUAAAUGACUGUGUAUCAUCUUCACCAAUGUAAAGUGAAUUUAAUGUCCCGUCUUUAAUCUGCCUUGCUGUGUUUUUUCAACUGUCUGCGUGUUUCCAGCGUUAUUGAGGGGGGGCAUCAAGAUAAUUGGUUCUGCAUUUCAUUACUUCCUCA